AAAAAAACAUGACUGCGCCUUUUCCACACACUUAGUGGAUUGUUCUCUUCUACCCUGAGUCAAACUGUCGUCCUCCCACUCCCCCGCCCGCUGAUUGCUCUUGGAAGGCCCAGGACCCACCAAAUACCUUAUCCCUCUCCUCUCAAACUCGGCUAUCCCCUCAAAGCUAGCUCUUUAAGGUGCACUGAGCUACUAUGAGCGACCUUGAUAGGGCGAUCGCCCAACUUCGCGCCUGUCGCCUAAUCCCCGAGGCCCAAGUCCGUGAACUGUGCUAUAAAGCGCGCGAACUUUUGAUCGAGGAAGGAAAUGUGGUUUGCGUUGAUGCUCCGGUCACGAUAUGCGGGGACAUCCAUGGUCAAUUCCAUGAUCUGAUGGAGCUCUUCCGCGUCGGCGGGGAUGUUCCUGAUACCAAUUAUCUUUUUAUGGGAGACUUUGUCGACCGCGGAUUCUACUCGCUAGAAUCGUUCCUUCUGCUUCUUUGUCUCAAAGUCCGCUAUCCUGACCGUAUCACGUUGAUUCGAGGAAAUCACGAGUCUCGGCAGAUCACCACGGUGUAUGGCUUUUACGACGAGUGUAUUCGCAAAUAUGGUAGCGCCAAUGUGUGGAGAUACUGCUGUGAGGUAUUCGACUACCUGGCGCUGGGUGCCUUGGUUCUCGGAGCUAGCGCAGAACUGGAGCCUACAGAGCCGGUCUUCAACGAUACUACGCAGUCCACCAUGUCCGCAGAGGACGGCGAGCUAGAGACUGAAGUGUUGAAUUCCAAGGGCGAUGUUACUAUGAGCACAUAUCGAGCGAAGCAGAGAUAUUCGUCCGAUACAUCUACGGAUACCAGCAGCAUUUCACCUCCAAGGGAUAUAUCUGCUGCGCCCGGUCAAGCGCCGAUGAGAUCCGGCGCGCCCGGAACAGGAGCCUCUGGCGAUGGAGCGGGUAGCUAUUCCAGCAGGACAGGAGCGGUACUCUGCGUUCACGGCGGGCUCUCACCUCUUAUCGAUACGGUGGACAAAAUUCGUCUAAUCGACAGGAAACAAGAGGUACCGCAUGAAGGGGCCAUGUGUGAUUUGCUUUGGUCGGACCCUGACGAAAUCGACGGCUGGGGUUUAAGCCCUCGAGGAGCUGGUUUUUUGUUUGGUGCAGAUAUUGUGAAGCAAUUCAACUACAAAAAUGAUCUAUCCCUAAUUGCUCGUGCUCAUCAGCUUGUCAUGGAGGGCUACAAAGAGAUGUUUGACGGCGGGAUCGUCACUGUUUGGUCAGCCCCGAAUUACUGUUACCGAUGUGGGAAUGUUGCAGCCAUCUUAGAGCUUGGCGAAGACACAAGUAAUGGGGGCACGGUGGUGAGGAGUAACGGGGAUUACGGACGCAGCAAUGGAAUUCUAACCGCGUCUGUGGAGCGGCCAUCCUUGCGGAGUCCUGGGAGAAGAUAUAGGGUCUUUGAGGCCGCUGCGCAGGAUACAAGAGGUAUGCCUGCAAAGAAGCCUGUUGCUGAUUAUUUCCUGUGAUACCAUAUGACCCAUCUUUUCAUUUUUUUUUUUUUUGUUUCUUCUUCUUCUUCUCUUCUUCUUCUUCUUCUUCUUCUUCUUAGCCUCAGAGUCCUAGCUGCAUUCUUAUAUAGGCCGGCCCAUUCUCAUCCAUUGUGACCCUUACCUCUUCAAUCGCGCCUCAUCUCAUUCCAUCUUCUCUUCCUGUCCUCUCCCCCAACAUGAUUCUUCAUACCUGAUUUCUAGCCUCUGAGAAUGAUGACCACUUUAGAUACUUGAAUCUAUGAGCGGUUGUAGCUCACUACUACUACUACUACUACUACU